GUUAAAUCAAUAUAUCAAUGUAAUUUGCCUAACAAAGGAUUUAUCUGACGACUAAAAGUAUUUAAUUAUUUGAUAAAUAAAUUUCUUGGGAUGUAAUUUUCCCGCUUUUAAAGAAAAUAAUAGAAUAUAGAAAAAAAUGGCAGAAGAUUUAUUAGCAAAGGAAAAGGAGUUCCACAGAUUAAAUAAAGAAUUGGAAGAAAAAACUCGACAAAUAAUGAAGGAGGUUGAUUCGGUGAUGAUGGGGUCUACUAAUAAUUUCUAUUUGUCUCCUUCAAAUCAACAUUAUUCAUCAACAAUGUUUGAAAAUAUAAAUCCUAAAAUUUUGGACGCUCCAACUCUAAUGGAAAGACAAUCAGAGCAAAGUGCUUUGAAAAAAUAUAGUUCUUCUUCGAAUUUUUUUGAAAAACCACAUUUUCCGAAAGAGAAUGCAGAAGUAAGUAAUCAGAAUGCUUUUCAAAGUGAAAAAAAUUCAAAAACCGAAACAAUGAUUCAAUUACUGAAAUCGAAGAUAAAAUCUCAGGAAAAUGAAAUACAAGCCAUUCAAACCGAGUAUAAAAAAAAGGUAAUGCCAUGUAUCGGUGCAACAAAAUACUGUUCACACCUACACUGA